CAGGACGUGCAUGUGUCCCACGUACUUGUUCGCCCUUGCCCGUGUUUUUUGGGUCAUUGUGAGUGAGUCAAGUCACCCGCCGUGCAUGUGAGUGUUUGUGCGUGUCUGCAGAUGCGUUGCCAGUAAAGUUCAUUCCACACACGGUGCGCUCAUUGGUGCGUCCCUCCAACGUGUCACCACUUUUGGUGGAUUACCCCACCAGAUAUCUUCACCAGCAGGACGCUGGAAACAUCACUGCAGAACUUGCCCGAAGUAAGCCCAACUCUGCACGGCGUCCAGCUGCAAGGAGACAAGGACAUCUGAGCAGAAACAGAAACGAAAAGACUUGUUCUAUUCAAUGGAGAUGGCGCAGUCCUCUUCAUUUCUCUUUUUGUUGCUCCUGGAGGCUCUCUGGGUGAGAGGGAGCCCCCCAGGCUGCGCGUCCUGCGGCCCUCGUUCUCCCCUGGGGAAGGAUGCAGAGGAGAGGCUGAUGGUGGAGAUGGCCAAGCAGCAAAUUUUGGACAAGCUGCACCUGAAGGAGAGACCCAGGAUGUCUCCGACGGUGCCGCGGGUGGCGCUGCUCACUGCGCUGCGCAAACUGCACUCAGGGCGCGUCAGGCAAGAUGGUACCCUGGAAAUGAACAACAGUGUGCCAUCCAGACAGCAAGGCUAUGAAAUAGUCAGCUUUGCCGAUAUAAAUGACAACGAGCAUGCGGAUGAGGCCAACCUCAGUCUUACCUUCCAGUUCCUGCAAGAACGCGGCCAGAGUGUCCAGGUGCUGCAGUCAUCUCUCUGGAUUUAUGUCCACUCCUCCAAGCACCCUUUCCAAGUCGCGGCCCGCGUCUUCCUGACUGCAGACUCAAACCGCACCCUGGUGAUCGAGAAGAUGCUGGAGGUCCAGGAGAGUAACUGGCACACCUUCCCCAUCAGCCGCACCCUGCAGGCCUUCCUGGACGGGGGCCAGAAGCGGCUCCGCCUGGAGGUGAUCUGCGAGGAGGACGGGAGGAAUCUCUGCGCGCUGGAAACCUCUCCUGAUACGCCCUUCCAGCCCUUUCUGGUGGCGCAGGUGCGCCUCCGUGAAGACCCUGCCAAACACUUGCUGAGGAAGCGCUCCUUGAGGUGCGGCGAUGACAUCACCGUGUGCUGCAAGCGAGACUUCUAUAUCAAGUUUAAGGACAUACAGUGGCACGACUGGAUCAUUGCGCCUGAGGGCUACCACAUGAACUACUGCAUGGGGCAGUGCCCCCAGCAUCUGUCUGGGUCACCCGGCAUCGCCUCCUCCUUCCACGCCACCGUCCUGAGCCAGCUGAAGGUCAACGGCAUCAACACGGCGGCAUCAUCUUGUUGCGUCCCCACAGAGCGCCAGCCUCUUUCCAUGGUGUACUUCAACUCUCAGCACAGCAUUGUCAAAACGGAUGUCCCCGAUAUGAUAGUGGAGUCCUGUGGAUGCACAUAAGAUGUACAUGUAAGAAAUGCUCUACGUUAGACUCAUACAAUGUUCAACUCAAAAGAUCCAAAAAAUCCCUUCUGGAUCACCUCUACAAUUGUGGUGUCCCCUAUAGUUGGUGAGAUUGCAUAUGUAAAUUUCCAUCCAUCCAUCCAUCCAUCCAUCCAUCUUCUAUGCCGCUUAUUGUCACUAGGGUCGCGGGGGUAUACUGGAGUCUAACCCAGUUGGCUUCGGGCAAGAGGUAUGUGCAAAUUUCUAGACCCAGAAUUUCAGACGACUCAUCUGUUUGAGACGUUUUUCCAAGGGAAACAAUGAUGUCGGUAUGUCAAUGUCGUUAUGCGUCCAUGAGUUUACGCACCUUAAUUUACACAUACAUUUGCGGCGCCCCCUAUGGGUUGUGGUCAAAAUGCUUUGGACUACAUGUAAUACCCUCAUAGUUUUAGAAUCAUUAGACCAAUGGUUGACGACUUAUGGACAAUGAGUUGCUAAGUCCCGACCCUGCCUCUGCAAAAAUGUUGUGCUUGAUGGCAGCCAUGUUUAGUCCCCUAAAGGUGUGUACCAAAAUCCGGCUGGAGGGGUACUGUUAACAAUUUCUAUUGGAAAGACCGAAAGACCAUUAUUUCCCUUAUUUUUCCUCUCUUUCCCUCAUUUUUGAGAGAAAUUUACCGGUCAAUUUACAACGGAUUAUCUUUUAUCAUAGUAAAAGGCUGGGAGGGAUGAGAUCUUGCCCCAAGUGGAGGAGUUUAAGUGCCUCAGGGUCUUUUUCACAAGUGAAGGACGGAUGGAACAUGAGAUCCACAGGCACAUUGGUGCGGCGUCUGCAGAGAUGCAGACUCUGUAUUGGUCCUUUGUGGUGACGAGGGAGCAGAGCCGAAAGGCAAAGAUUUCAAUUUACUGGCUGAUCUACGUUACUAUCCUCACUUAUGGUCAUGAGCUUUGGGUAAUCACCGAAAGGACAAGAUGAUGACUGGAAGGAUGGAUGGAUUCAUCAGAGUAAAAGGCUGCUUGCUGUAAUAAUUACUGCAUGCAUUAUGCCUGUUUUUUCUUUAUUAUUCGUUUUUUUUAAACAACACAAAUGUUUAAUUUGAGUCUCGACUUAAAGAACCCUGCUCCAAACCAGAGGCAUCUGCUUCCUUCUGGUCAUUUUUAUGUAAGCGUCACCUAACUUCAACGUAAAAAAAAAACACGGGAAACAGUUGAAAUGUGCUGUACCUGCGGCCUGAAAUAUGUUCAGUCAGCAUCUCCACCAUAUUAUUUACACAAGAUUGAGUUGGGCAACGGUCUGCUCUGACGGCAUGCGAAGCCAAGGUCAUUAUUUGGCAGACCUGAGCUAACACUGCGCGAUUGCCUCAUUGUGAAGUCAGGUGGGUCAAUGGGCAUGCAGCUGUUGUACGUUGCCAUUUUUCAGUCUAAAGUUUACUGGGCUGAUGUAAAAUUAGAAACUUUCCAGCGGAAUGCAAUCGGUUAAUCAUUGCACGGGGGGACUUGACAUCAUCCCAAUUGCACAGUCGGUUUAGAGACGUGUGCAGUACAUUAAGGGUGCGUUCACACUUGUUUGGUUUACAAACUAUAACAAUGAAAUGGAAUCAGGUUUAAUCCUUGUAAUGUUUACACUAUCGAUGCAGUGUUUUCAUCAUGAAUUAGACAUUUAUUUGACUCUUCUAUCUUCUUAGCCAAUUAAUCUAACUUAUCUGUUGCCUCCAAAGCUGCUACUUGAAUUGUCAUCUUAUUUAGUUUAUUAUUAUUACAAUGAUGUCUUUUUGUUGUCUGUGUAUCUUAUUACUAGCACUUCUUGUCUCUGACACUGAAGUGCCGUUCUACCAGAAGCACUUUAACGCCCCGCUGGACAUUGGAGAGACAAUUUUGCUUCGUAUUUUGUUCACAUGUAUUUUCUCAGGUUCUAUUUGUGUGUUAAAGGGGUGUUUUUUUUCUACAUACUGUAGGAAUCCACUGCUCUGUGGUGGUGGUGGUGGAAUAACAUGUGGAACAACAUGUUAUACUGUAAUUAUGUCUAUUUUCAUAUGAGAUUAUAUUUUUUGAUUUUUCAACGUGAUUUAUUGUAAUAUUUUUGCACAAAAUGCUGAAAUUGCAUUAUUAUACUACAAAUUUAUUUUGAAAUA